UAAACGAAAGUCAUGUAGUGGCCGCAAGAUGGCGCUACCUUCCCCGCUGCAUCAGAGGAAAAUAACAUGGAUCGUGGAGAUCGGUGAGGUGCCGGCAUACAAAACGGAACCCUACGAGUUCCAUCUCAAUAAUAGCAAAUACGAACGAGAGGACGUGCAGAAAAAGACGUUUGCGAAAUGGAUAAAUUCACAGCUGGCAAAGCACGGCAAGCCGCCAGUGUCGGACCUGUGCCAGGACCUGCGAGAUGGGGAGGUGCUGCUGUCCCUGCUCGAGAUACUCACGCAGCAGCAGUUCAAGCGCGAGCGCGGGCGUAUGCGCGUGCACCAGCUGAACAACGUGAACUGCGCGCUGCGGGCGCUGGCGACGGCCGGCGUGCGGCUCGUCAACAUCAGCUCCGGUGACAUCGUCGACGGCAACCCCAAGCUGGUGCUAGGUCUAGUGUGGAGCAUCAUCCUGCACUGGCAGGUGCAUUGCCACCUGCGCGAGCUGAUGUCUGACCUGCAGCAGACCAACCUGGAGAAGGCGUUGUUGGAGUGGUGCAGGACGCAGACUGAGGGUUACGAAGGAGUCACUGUGGACAAUCUUACAUCAUCCUGGGCAGACGGGCUGGCUCUCUGCGCACUGCUGCACCGUCUGCGGCCGCGGCUCCUGGACUACAAUAGUCAGAGAGCCCGCACACCGCACCAGAGACUCGAACACGCGUUUACUAUCGCCCACAAACACCUGGGCAUAGCUCGCUUGCUGGAUCCCGAAGAUGUGAACACACCGAACCCGGACAAGAAAUCUAUAAUGAUGUACCUGAUGUGCCUGUUCCAAUCGCAGACCGGGGAGACCAGCAAAGCUGACCAAGAUGAGGAGAUGGCCACGUUGGAUGUUAGCGCUGAUACGCGGUCGCGGCCUCUAUCAGCGGCGUCAGCGGGCACGGGCGAGCUCGGCGCGUACGGGUGCGCGCUCGAGGACGCACUUGCGGCACUAUUAGGCGGGGAGGAGCGGCUCGGUGCGCCGGACCCGCCCCUAGCGGACACGCCCCACGAGCGCCUGCACCAGCUGAAGGCGCGGUUCCACGCUCACGAGAAAUUUCUACUGGAGCUAUCAGAACAGCAGGGGCGUGUCGGCUGCGUGUUGGAGGAGGGCGCGCGACUGAUCAGAGAUGCCGCGCUGUCCAGGGAUGAAGUUAACGAGAUCCGUCUCCAAAUGCGUCUGCUGAACCAGCGCUGGGAGACGCUGCGGCUGGGCGCGAUGGACAAGCAGACGAGGGUGCACCGCGACCUCAUGAAGGAGCAGGCGGACCAGCUCAAUGAGUUCGGCGAAUGGCUGACGUCGACGGAGGACCGCAUGUCGCGUAUGGAGGAGGCGGGCGAGCCGGCGGCGGCGCUGGCGGCGGCGGAGCAGUUGCACGCCGAGCUGCGGCGACAGCAGCCGCUCGUGGACGCACUGUCUGACGCCGUGCUAGUGGUGGAUGAAUCAGGCGACGAGGUGGAGCUAGAGGACCGUCUACGUGCGCUCGGCGAGCGGUGGUCGCACGCGGCCGCGUGGACGCUCGCACGGCUGCGGCGGUUACGUGCGCUGCUGCCGCUAGACACGAAGCUACGUGAGCUACAGUCGCGUGCGCAUGCGUUAGAACCGCAUCUUAAACAGAUGGAGGCGUACCCGGCGAGCGAGAUCGGCGAGGUGCUGGAGCGGAUAUCCGGCCUGCAGCGCGCCGCGCACUCGCUGCGUGUGCUGCGACGAGAACUCACCGAGUUGAUACCACAGGUGUCGGCGGUGGGCGGGGCGGAGGCGGGGCGCGUGGCGGACGACGCGGAGGGCCUGCACGACACGCUCGACGCGCUGCAGCUUAUGCUGGACGUGCAGGGGGACAGGAUUAAAGAGCUGGGUUUCGAAUUCGACAUCAAUACCACCGAAGAGGAGAGUUCCCCCACUGCCGGUGCUACCAUCACCACCACGAUGACCGUCGACGUCGACCGCAGCGACGCCGACCGCAACGACCGCGCCAAGAAGCCCCGUCUGUCGGAGACCGCAGCAGACUUCCAAGCGGGGUAUAAGGUGUUCGAAGACUGGGCUGAGAAGACUGAGAAGGAGCUCGAUGAGUGCGGGCGCUCGCUGCAGCGUUGUGACGGCGCGCGACGCGACGCGGCUCAGGCGUUGCUGCGUCGCGUGCAGCGGGAGAGCGAGGACAAGAACGCUGAUCUCGCCCACGUGACUGAAAUACAGCGGCGACUGGCGGCGGAUCCCGCGCUCAGAGAAGAGGCAAAAUUACAUGCGAAGAGCAUCGAAGAAGUAAAAAUACGAUGGGACGGGAUACAGAAGUCCCUCCUCGAGCUCCGAAACACGCUGAACCUUCUAGAGGACAAGGAGAACUACUAUAAGGGCCUAGAAGCGUUCCAGAAUGAGCUAGAAGAUAUAAAUUCUUGGAAGGAUAGAAUGCUCACCGACCCACCGUCCAACAACCAACUCAUCCACCUACGGAACAGAAUAAGAAUGAUGAAGCAACUGGAGGUACGACUGAAGGAACUAAACGCACAAUCGAUUAUAUUACUCACGAAAUCGAUAUCGAAAUCGCACAAAGACGAAAUAGAGGCGGACUCUAAACGAAUUAACGAAGCUUUUGAGGAGCUGAUCACUCAUCUAGGUAAACGAGAAGUCGAAAUUAAAUUGGCAUUAAACAAAAAGCCGGUUGUAGUCCAGACAGACGAAUAUAAGAAUGUGCAGAGCAAAAUACAGGAGAUGGAGGCUCAAAUCAUGUCGGAACAUGCCAUAGUCUCCUCGAAAGUUGACAUGGAGAGGAGAUUGGAGGAGUUGAAGCGGCUGAGACUCAAGUUUGAUGAUAUGCAGUCCUCCUAUGACACGGUAGUGAAGGAGAAGAGGGAGAAAUACGAGAAAGGCAGCGUCCAGGAUUUGCGAAGCAGCCUGGAGAAUCUGGUCGUCAAGUUCUCAGACUCGAAGACUAUUUUGGAGGGGAAAAUUAAUAAGUUGCAGAAAGGUAUCGAGCUGCUGUCCCAGCUGGAGGCGGAGUGUACGGAGGUGCGGGCGUGGCUGGAGCGUGUCAACAGUGCAGUGGGCGCCGUGCCGCUCGGUGACGUCGACGACCUCACACGGCUACUGGGCGACAGUAACAAAUUCCUAGAAGAGAAACCGACAUACCAAUCGAAGCUUGACGAUAUCGAAGCGACCAAAGACCAAAUACUCGAAGACUGCGAGGAAUCUCUCGCCAAAUCGAUCACAGAAAGCACCAAAGACCUGAAAAAUCAAUUCGAAACCAUCACCAAGAGUCUUCUAGAACAUAACGAGGCGCUCCGUCGAGGUCUAGAACGAACGGAGAAUGUCUUCGGCCGUAUAGAGGACAUGGAGAAGUGGCUGGACCAGCUGCAAGAGGAAAUACCCAAGGAUGAGGAGUGCACCAUCACGGAUUCCGGUCAGCUGUACCAGAUGAAGACGAGGUUCCAGACGCUGAAAGACAAGUGCGAGGAGAAGACGGUUGAGUUCAGAGAUCUUAGUGAGGAGGGUAAUGAGCUGCUAGAAGCGGGCGAGCGCGCGGCACUGGCGCGGCGACUGACGCAGCUCAGCGCGCUGUGGACGCGCCGCACGCACUGCGUCUACGAGCGAUACAAGGUGCUGACGGAGGCGUGGCACGAGUCCGGCGAGCUGCGGUCAUGGCUGGCGCUGCGGGGGGCGUGGCUUGACGGGCUGCAGCGCCGCCUGCGACCCGCCGCGCCCGCAGACGCCGAGGAGAUCGCGGACGAGCUCUACGAGCUGGAGAACUACCUGGCGCAGCGCAGCGACUCGCAGCUAGAGCGCAUCGAGGGUGUCGGGCGGCAGCUCGCGGACGCCGACAUCAUGCGGGACAGUAUCCGCCACGAGCUGCAGGCGCUGCACGAGCGCUGGCAGACGCUGCAGGCGCAGGCGGCGGAACGCUGCAAGGCGCUGGAGGCUGCUGCGCAGGAGGCAGCGGCAGGCGAGCUGGCAUUAGACGCUCUGCUGCGUCGCCUGGACGAGUUGCUGGAGCACCCGGAACCCGCUGAUCAGGUGUGGAGCGAGGUGGAGGCAGCUCGGGCGGGGCUCGCGCGCGUCGCGACGCAGGUUGAGGCGCACCGCGCCGCCGGCCGCGCGCCCGCUGCGGCGAGACUGGCGGAUAGACUCAAACUGGCGCAGAGUAAACUAGAAGAGGUGGAGUCUCUACGCGGGGAAGCUGGCGCGGCGGGCGCGGCGUGGUGCGGGCGGUUGGCGCGCGCGCGGGCGUCCCUGCACGCGCUGGCGGCGGACGCGGGCGCGCUGGCGCUGCACGCCGCCCACCCCGACCAAGUGCGCCCGCAGCUGCGCCGCUGCCUGAGAUUCUACCGCACGUUGAGCGAGAUCAAGGGCGAAGUGGAGUCUAUCAUCAAAACCGGACGCAAGAUGGUCGAAGAGAAGUCCAUUCCAGAUCCUCAAGACUUCUCCAAGAAGAUCGAUGAACUUAAAGAACUGUACAACAGACUGGGCGCUCACGUCACAGAAUCCAAGACCAAAUUAGAAACGGCGCUACUGACAGCGAGAGAGAUCCAAAACGACGUCCAGAGUUUGACCAUGUGGCUCCAAGGUUUAGGGAACGUCGGAAAACAGACCCUGGAAAUAGAAAUGUCCCGAAUGGAAGCUAUCAAAGACAAACUGAACGCCAGCUACGUGGAAUUCGCUAAGAACUGUGAUCCCGUGUACUUAGAAAACCUUAAAGAGCAAGUGGACGAUAUAAAUACUAAAUGGGAUAGUCUCAAGAGGCAUGGGCUAGGUAAGAAAGAAGAAAAAAAGGAGACGGAGGCAGAAGCACUGCAAAGGUACUUAAACGAUAUCGACAAGGAGUUGGACAAUCACGACACAAUGUCGGCAGCUAAACUGAAGCUGCUGAAGACAGAAGUAAAAUCGAAAGGGAACGAAGUGGAGACGAUGGACAACAAAGCCCUCACGAAGCAGUGGGAGAGGAUCCUGGAGAAGAUAACGGCGUCGGAACGGACCGAAAGAGAUAGCGUUGAGUACGAAAAUGUUACGGACACGAUCAAAAGACGCCUGGAGAGUCCCGUCAACUCUCCGGACACGGAGAGACCUGAGUUCAAGAGGUCCAAGAUACCUCUAGCCUUGCACAGUCCGGCUCCCAUAAAGAAGGAAAUUAAAGAGGGGGGGAUUAGGAGUAGGGGGUCGUCGCUGGAACGACGACAGAGGAAGGACACCAGUCCUAUGAGCGAUAGCAUGACCAGUACGAUGUCCAUCGAUUCAAUGGAAGGCUCAGUAUCGCUGACAUCCGUGCCAACCACUCCCGAUACUCCCAGAAAAGAUAGCAGUACGUUCAAUCUACUAAAAGAUAGCGAUCUAUUCACGCAGAUAUCUAAAAACAAAAUCGAAUGUGCUCCCAUACCUGAGAAGGAAGACAAAACUAAGAGGAGAGAAUCAGACCCGUGUCACGUUGUAGCGAUUACAGAACACGAGAUUGUCAAAUCUACUGUCAGUCCGGUAGAACCGAUGGAAAUAACAACGGACACUGUGGAAACAGUCGUAGAAUUUAUACCUCAGAACGUGGAAACGGUAGAAAUUAUAGAUGACACCGAAGGGGAAUCCCUAUGUGAUUCAGAUGAAGAAAGUAAAUCUGGAGACUUGGGAACGGAACCACAAACUUUUGUCGUUGAAGUGACGACUGUAGAGAAACGCAUGAAACCGACUUUGGGUAUACUAAAACGCAAAGACGCUGGGAGAGAUAAAAGUAAGGUAGUAACAGUGUCAGAAAUCCCAGAUAUUAUUCCCGAUUCUGAAGAUGUUUCAAUGAAGACACCGCCGCCUACGCCAUUCGCUGGUGCCACAGAUAAUCCUCUACUUUAUGAUUUAGCUGUGCAACAGAUUGAGGCUCAGAAGAAUCUUAUGAGGGAUGAAGUAAAUGAGUAUUUGAUACUAGACGAGGUACCCAAAGACCAGGCGGCGUUACCGGAGCCCUCUGCUACUGAAACUCUUUCUAGUGAUACAGUGGAGUUAAGAGAUGAUAAGCCGAUGAAGAAGAGUGGAGUCAGCAUAUCUGGAUCCACAUUGGAGAGAUUGAGAAGAAAAUCCGCCAACAAAGCAGAAGAAGAGGUUAUUUAUUCUGAAGUAGAGGAUGCACCUCAGGCACGCCUCUCAGCGUCGGAUUUCGACGAAAAGGAACCCCUGUCCACCUCGACUCCUAUCAAGGAGGACAGGAAACAAGUGCAGGUGGUGGCCAUGUCGCCCAAGAUACAGGAUGAUGAGACCAGGAAGCAGUCACCAAGUCCGAUCCUGCACAAGUCCCAUAUACCUAUAAGCAAGAAGGCAUACGAGAAGUAUCAACGCACGGAUGAGUAUGCCGAGGUAUGUUCGGCCGAGAGCACCGUAGAAGCGGACGCGGAAGCGGAGGCGGCAGCGGCGGCGGUCCGCGCGCGCUUUCCGCACGGGGCGGACGAUGCGGUGCUCGAGUUUGUGCGCGAAGCGGAGAAGAUGGCGCGGCGAUUGCAUGUGGUACUGUUAACGGUUGCGGCUGUUCCCAGCGAGCGUGACCCAGCCAAACGUUUAGAGAUCCUCAAGAAUCAACUAGGCAGCGUAGCUCCCGAUGCCGCGGCUCUCAUCUCUAGAGGCGACUCUCUAGUCUACGACAAGCACCGCGACUGCCCCGCGUUAGCUACGCGCCUGCAGCAGACGCAGGCGCGUCUUCGGGCGGAGUGGGCGCGCGUCAUGGCGGAGUUGGACAGCAAGCGCCGCGCCGCCCUCCGCGCCGAGGAUAUAGCGACGGAGUUGAAUACGCUCCUGACGCAGUUGCAGACAUGGUGUAAAGACUUCGAGCCUCGCCCCGAGAACUAUGCUGAGAUGGUAGAGAAAGAGACGGAAAUAGAGCGUCUCUCUGAACUCUGUCGUGAAUUGCGCACACAACGCGUCGCGUACCCCGAGCGUGCGGCGAGCGACGUCACAUCUGCGUAUAAUAGAUUCAAGCAGACGUACGAUGCGAUGCCGAAAAAGGACAGAAAGAAGAUGGAGGGCGGCGAGGCGGAGCAGGUCCGGCGUCUGAACCUGGCGCGCGAGGCGGUGGCGGCAGCGGCGCGCGCGCUGCGAGCCCCGCCCCUCGCCGGUUUAGACUACGACGACUUCCCGCUGCAGGAGGACGCACUAGAGAGGAUAAAACAGAGCAUGGAGGAGGUUAGCACCCAACUGGGUGCUGGCGGCGGCGAGCAGGCCCGCCGGCUGCGGGACAAGCUGAGGGCCGAGCUCGCCGAGCUGCGGGCCAGAUACGACAGCCGCCGGGAAAAAUGGAGCGAGUGUCAGACGGAGUGGGCGGCGCUGUACGCGGCGCUAGAGCAGGAGGGCGAAGCCCUGGAUGAGCUGGAGAGCGCUCUAGACGCAGGCAACGCCAGCGCGGCUGAUGUGGAGCGACUGCAGGCGCAGGCGGCGGAGCGUGUAGCGGGCGCGGAGGCGGCGUGCGCACGCGGCGCCGCCGUCACCGCUGCGUGCUCGGGCCGCCUCGCGCGUCUCGUGGCCGAACAGCUCGACGCGCUGUUACACCGCGCCCGCGCCGCCGCACAACGCGCGAGCGGAGCGGGUGGCGGUAGAGGAGCGGGUAGCGGAGCGGAGAGCGUGCUGCGUGCGGUCCACGCCCUGCUGCUUACUACCAGCGCGAACCCCUCCGAUCGCACCAGUCUUGCUAUCAGACUGAGUCUAGUCAAGGCCCGAGAGGAGGAGCUAGCUGCGGCCGAGAAGGUGACAGAAGACGAAAAACUCAAGGCGGAACUGAAAGAGGCACAGUCCAGCGUCUCUGCGCACGCGGACUACGUGCGGGGCAAGCUGGCCGCCCUCACCAAGUACUCCGCGCGCCUCGACGCCGCCCUGCCCUGGGCCAUGGAGACCCGGGCCAGGCUGGCGCUCCCGCCCACAGUCAGCGUGGACCGCGGCGAGCUGCAGACGAGCAUCAACGACAAGGAAGCGGAGAUACGCGAGGUCAUAGAGAACUACAACAACAUUGAGCGGGAGUGCGUCGCCGCCAAGCAGACUGUCUCGCCCGAGGUGCGCGAACGAGUACUCAAGCUGAAGGAGGACUGGGCGUUCAUACGCGCGCACGCGCCGCCCGCCCCCGGUGCGGAGCAGGCGAUACGCGAUCGGGGAUCGAAAUCGGAUCGGGAAUCGAAAUCGGAUCGGGAGAAAUCGAGCUCGGAUCGGGACAGCUCGAAGUCGGAUCGGGAAAGUUUGAGCUCGGUUCGCGAGAGCUCAAUGUCGGUUCGCGAUAGCUCGAAAUCGGAUCGGGAUGUUUCGAGCUCGGUUCGCGAUAGCUCGAAAUCGGAUCGGGACAGUUCGAGUUCGGUACGCGAGGUGUCGAGCUCGGUUCGCGAUAGCUCGAAAUCGGAUCGGGAAUCGAAAUCGGAUCGGGAUAGUUCGGAGCGGGACGUCCGGUCGAGUCCGGCCCGCGAACGCCAGUCCUCCGAUCGGAAGACGCCGGACAGGCAGGAGUGGGGUCGGUCGGGGUCGCGGCGGUCGCCGGGCGCCGCGGCGCUGCUCGCCAACUUCGACACCAGCGCGCUGCAGAUCCGAGACUGGCUGUCUGCGGAGACGACGAUGCUGCGCGCGCAGCCCGUCACCGUCGGCGACGUCGACGAGAUCCUCGGCCAGCUCGACAAGCAGAAGGGUGUACUCCGAGAGUUGGAGCAGAAGAAACCCCAGCUGGACGAGUUGCUCCACACCGCUGAGAGCCUCAAGGGCACAGAAAACCGACAGCAGCUUCAUGGCAAAGCAGAUAUAACGGGGUUCCCGGUGUCAAAAAUUAGUGGCAGUUUGUUACACAUGAGGUCCCUCCUCAAAGUAACAGCCCUCCGCGAGCACUGGGAUGAGGCGAACGCGCGCGUGUUGCAGCGCAAGGCGCAACUCGACGCGAUGCUGGGCGACUCGCAACGGUACGAGGCGAGGCGGCGCGACGCGGACGCGUGGCUGACGCGCAUGGAGACGCGACUCGCGGCCAUGACGGCGCCCGGCCACACCGCCGAUGUGCUGGAGAUGCAGUUGAGAGAGCAAAAGUCCUUCCACGCCGAAGUCCACCAGUACAAGCACCAGAUUGAGCUGUUCGGCCAGCUGACGCAGCGCCUGAUAGCGGUGUACCGCAACGACGAUACCACACGCAUCAAACGCGCCACGGAGGCCAUCAACCAUCGAUACAAUGAGCUGAAUAACAGCAUCGUGGCUCGCGGCAAGGCGCUCCACUCGGCGGUGUCUUCUCUGCAGAACUUCGACCGGUCCCUGGAGAAGUUCGUGGCGUGGCUGAGCGAGGCGGAGUCGCUGUUGGAUGCUGCUGAGAGGGACCCACAUCUGCUCAAGGAUCUGCAGUCGGAGAUCGAGACGCACCGCGAUGUUUACGCGUCCCUCACCGGGACCGGCCGGCGGCUGCUGGGCUCGCUGUCCUCGCAGGAGGACGCCGUCAUGCUGCAGCGGCGACUGGACGAGAUGAACCAGCGGUGGCACCACCUCAAAGCGAAAAGCAUGGCUAUCAGAAACCGCCUUGAGAGUAACGCUGAGCACUGGUCCGCUCUCCUGCUCUCUCUCCGGGAGCUGACCGAGUGGGUGAUAAGGAAGGAGACUGAACUCAACGCGCUGGCGCCACCUAGAGGCGACUUGAACGCGUUGAUAAAGCAACAGGAUGACCACCGCGCCUUCCGCCGUCAGCUGGAGGACAAGCGGCCGGUGGUGGAGAGCAACCUGCUCAGCGGCCGCCAGUACGUCGCCAACGAACCCCCGCUGUCAGACACCAGCGAUACUGAGGCGAGCCGCGACGAGGGUGACUCCCGGUACCGUUCUGCUGAGGAGCAGGCUCGGGAGCUGGCGCGCUCCAUCCGCCGGGAGGUCACCAAGUUGGCCGACACAUGGAACUCCCUAGUCGACCGCAGCGACGCCUGGGGCAGAUGCCUGGAUGAUGCUGUGCAGCGUGUUCGCACCUUCACAACUUCCCUCGAUGAGCUGGCUUCGCGCGUGCAGACGGCCGAAGCUGCGCGUGCGGCAUGGCGGGCGCCUGGCGACGCGAGAGAUGCGCGUGCGCAGCUCGACGCGGUGUCCCGUGCGCGGGCGCAGCUGCCGCCUCUGAAGCGCCUGGUGGACGAGCUACGGGGCCAGGCUCAGGCCAUGACCAGGGAUAACAUACAGCUGCCAGAGCAUCUGCUGGGACGAUUGGAGGACUUGAAUACCAGGGUAUCAGGUCUCUCAGCGGGAGGCGAGGAGCGAGCGAGGCAAUUGGCCGGCGUCGCCCGGGACGGUGGUGCAGGGGCCGCGCAGGGCUUCCUCGCCGGCUCAGUCAGGCCGCCCUGGGAGAGAGCCGUCACUCCGGCUAACGUACCUUACUAUAUUAACCACGAACUGGAGACCACUCACUGGGACCACCCGAAAAUGAUCGAGCUUAUGAACUCCCUGGCCGACCUCAACGAGGUCCGCUUCUCCGCCUACCGCACCGCGCUCAAGCUGCGCACCGUCCAGAAGGCUUUGUGCAUGCACAUGCUGCAGCUGCCGGCGGCGCUGGAGGCGUUCGACUCUCACGGGCUGCGCGCGCAGAACGACAGACUCAUUGACAUACCUGAUAUGAUCACCGUGCUCACGUCCUUGUAUGAGGUGAUAGCAGCGGAGAACCCAAGCCUAGUGAACGUCCCGCUCUGCCUGGAUCUGUCGAUCAACUGGUUGCUCAACGUUUACGACAGCCAGAGGACUGGUCAGAUCAGGGUGUUGAGCUUCAAGGUGGGACUGGUGCUGCUGUGCAAGGGCCAUCUGGAGGAGAAGUAUAGGUACCUAUUCCGUCUGAUCGCGGACCCGUCGUGCCGCGCCGACCAGCGGAAGCUGGGGCUGCUGCUGCACGACUGCAUACAGGUGCCGCGUCAGCUGGGCGAGGUGGCGGCGUUCGGGGGCUCCAACAUCGAGCCGUCGGUCCGCAGCUGCUUCGAGCAGGCCUCCGCCUCCAACAGCAAGGGCAACACGCUCGACAGGAAACCCUCUGGAGAUAAAGAAAACAACAAAGAGGAAGAGAAACCGGAACGGGAUGCUGACGGCCAACUUCAGCUGAUUGAAGCGUUCCACUUCCUGCAAUGGCUGCAGCGGGAGCCGCAGUCCAUGGUGUGGCUGCCGGUGCUGCAUCGACUGGCGGCUGCGGAGCCGGCCAGACACCAGGCCAAGUGUAACAUCUGCAAGGAUUACCCGAUCGUUGGGUUCAGGUACCGCUGCCUGAAGUGCUUUAACUUCGACAUGUGUCAGAAGUGCUUCUUCAACGGACGGAAGGCCAAGAACCACAAGCUGACACAUCCCAUGCAGGAAUAUUGCACCGCGACGACGUCGGGCGAGGACGUACGCGACUUCACGCGCGCGCUCCGCAACAAGUUCAAGUCGGCGCGAUACUUCAAGAAGCAUCCGCGCGUCGGGUACCUGCCCGUACAGACUGUUCUAGAAGGUGACGCUCUGGAGUCGCCCGCGCCGUCGCCGCAGCACGCGUCGAGCGGCGACGACAUGCACUCCCGCCUCGAGCUGUACGCGACACGGCUCGCCCAGGUCGAACUCGGCGCUAGGGCUGCCGACACUCCGGACAGUGACGAGGAGCACGCGCUCAUCGCGGCGUACUGCGCGUCGCUGAACGGGGAGGCGCCGCGCUCGCCCGUGCACGUCGUGUCCGGGAUACACCGGGAGCAGAGACACGAACUGGAGCUCAUGAUACGCGAGUUGGAGGAGGAGAACGCGAGUCUGCAGGCGGAGUACGAGCGGCUGAAGGCCAAGACGCCGGGCUCCACGCCCGAGGACCACGCCGAUAGGAACGCCCCGCCUGACCAGGACAUGAUGGCCGAAGCCCGCCUACUGCGCCAGCACAAGGGCCGCUUAGAAGCUCGUAUGCACAUCCUCGAGGAACACAACAGGCAGCUUGAGGCGCAGCUCACUAGAUUGAGAACGCUGCUGGAUGAGCCCGCUCAAGGCUCCCCGCCGGGCCGCACGGGCACGCUGCAGACUCGCUCAGUCACCGCUUCACAGCUGGCCACAGACUCGCCGGCCAAGAUGCACAACGGGCUGUACCAUGAUGGACAUACAAAUGGCGGUCGCGAGCGCGAGCGCGACAUGGAGCGGCCGCCGCCGCCGCCGCACGCCGUCCACUCCCUCAUGCACUGCGCAGAUGACCUUGGCAAAGCAGUAGAAGAGUUAGUGUCCGUUAUGACGGAGGAGAACCACAGCAACGCGCCUCCGCAGUACACCAACGGCAAUCCAGAGGAACCGGAAAAGUAGUCACUGUCACACCUGACACCUGUCACCCUGACAGCUGUCACACCUGACAGCUCGCGGCCUCCCGCUCUGGCAACAUUGUUCACUAACCAAAGAUUGUCUAUGGACCGCCACAGACUAAAAUGUAUUUUCCGUUGCACACUUCCUUUUAUUUUCUAACCGACUCUACACUAACUGCACUAAUGCUUCGUCUAUACAUAAGCUAACUUACUAAUACCGAACCGAGCUUCUAACUUCUUGGCGCGGGAAUUUGACCCUUAUGACCGAGCCCCGGGGCGGUCAGCACGCGAGCUGACCUCCCGACGACAGCUCGGGUUCGUAGAGACGAUAAUCGUAUGCAACGCUUAUUGUAUAGAUAAGGGCUUGCUAUGUUGCAGUACGUAUCGUGUGAGUCCUAGCCCCGAACGAUGACGCCAGAGCACGCUAUCAACGAAAAAGACAAUUUAUUAAGCAUUUAUAUUAUAUAGACGUAUAUAAAGUACAUAUCUAUUAGGGACAAUCUCUACGCUGUCAUAUCUUGUAAAUUUCCCAUAUCAUAAUAUGCUAUGUAAAAACCGGCACAUGUAUAAAAGUCACGUAAAACGGAACGCGAAUCUUGGCGUCGGUUUUAAGGCGAUGAGCUUUAAUCAC